AUGGAAGCCAAAAAAUCCCUCACGGCCAGCGCAACAAACACGCUCUUCACCUUCCUCGCCCUAUACCUUACAACGCUCUUCUCCCUCGACAACUGGGCUGCCGCACGAAACUCCCCGUACCGCGCACCAGGCAACAACUCGUUCUACCGACCAGCCAGCACGGCGCCCGCGCCAGACAGCUACCAGGCAGGCAUGCAUGGGCGAGGGAAUGCGGGGCCAGGGAGUGGAAGUGAUGGGGAUGGGAGGGGUGUCGGCAGAGUGCCGCAGGCAAGGGAUUCAAGGCCACCGAUGAAGAUUGGGGGGACGGCGGCGUGUGGUGCUUGUCUGAUGUGA